AUGGAGUUCAAUAGUGAAAAGGAUGCGUAUAAAUUUUACAACAAAUAUGUCUUUAAAAUGGAUUUUAGCAUACGCAAAGACUAUUUAAAUAAAGACAAAGAAACUGUAACCACGUCUAGGAGAUAUAGUUGCUGCAAGAAAUGUGUGAAACUCAAUUAUGAAGGUGAUGUGAUGCCAAAAAAGAUACGGGCGCUGACAAAAAUAGGGUGUGGAGCUAAAAUGAUUAUCGUGUUGCAUGGAGAGACAAUGAAGUACCGUGUGCAUGACUUUGUCUUAAAUUAUAACCAUAAAUUGCAAAUUGUUCAAUAUUCGCACAUGAUGCCAUCACAAAGAAAAGUGAGUGAGGUUCAAGGAUUCCAAACUGAAAUAAGCGAGGAUGCCAGACUUUUACUGAAACAGAGCCAUGAGCUUAUAGGAAAGGAGGCAGGAAUGUUAAUUGACUACAACUUUUUUGGAGACGUAGUCACAUUUGACACAACUUACAAAACAAAUAAAGAAUACCGGCCACUUGGAGUAUUUGUGGGUUUUAACCAGCAUAGGCAAAUUGUGAUAUUUAGUGCUGCCCUUAUGUAUGAUGAGACGAUAGAUUCUUUCAAAUGGGUGUUUGGUACAUUUCUAGAAGUAAUGUGCGGAAAGCAUCCAAAUACCAUACUAACCGACCAAGAUCACGCCAUGGCAACCACUCAUUUACUUGUGAUGCCCCAAACAUUUCACGGUCUAUAUACGUUUCAUAUAAAGCGUAAUUUUAUGAAACAUCUCGGUAAUCACUACAAGGAAAAUAGUGAUGUUCCAUAUAUAUUUGGUGCCUGCAUGUAUGAGAUCGAAGAAGUGAAACAAUUCAACAGGGUGUGGGAGGCAAUGAUGAAGAAACACAAUCUUGAAGAUAAUGAAUGGCUUUCUGGGCUGUAUCGAAUUUGUGAUAAAUGGACAAGAUGCAUGAUGAAAGAAAAUUUGACCACGGGAAUGCGAAGCACCCAACUUAGCGAAAGCCUAAAUGCAGCAAUUAAAAAUUAUUUAAAACUGGACCACGACCUUGUCCAGUUCUUUAGACAUUUCAAUCGCGUGGUUGAUGAAAAGAGAAAUAAUGAACUCACCGCAGAAUAUGAAAUGAGGCAAAAACUCCCCAUGAUACGGUUGAGGCAAACACCUAUGCUUAUGCAUGCAUCAGAGACGUAUUCACCUACCAUAUUUGUUACAUUCCAGAAUGAAUAUUGUGAGUCAACAGCUAUGGUUAUUUAG